GCUCAAUUCAUCGAGGAACGGUGUUUUAGCGCUCCUUUCGCCGUCACUCCUUCCGAGACGUCUUGUUUAAGGACUGUCUGUGUUGCUUAAUCAAAGAUCAAUCCUUGGAAACGGGAAUUCGCGACUUUGCGAGAGAAACUUACUUUUACGUUUUUAUUUGAGCCAUUGUGUGUUGAAUAACCUGCAUUCAACGGUGAGUUUGCUCUUAUGCUAGUGAAAUAGGACACAUUGUGAUGUCCAAACAAUCUUCCAUUACAGUAACUGUUCGAGUUCGUCCGUUUAAUACCCAAGAGUCCGCUCAUCUAGUCGCUGCUCCAGACUCUCUACAACUGCAUUCGUCUACUUCCAUUACCUCUUCUGUUGCAGCUUCGUACAAACCUCAUCUUCAACAUGCAAAACCAUUACGAGGAAUACGUAGAGUCGUAAAGGUGCUUGAUCAAAGAAUCCUUGUCUUUGACCCGCCGAGUGAUUCAGCUCUCGGCAGGCGUGGUAAUCGCAGACGGUCUAUGACGAAUUUGCCUGCCUCCCGAAUUCAUAGGGUAUCCAAAGGCGAUGGUCGGGAUUUACGAUAUGCUUUUGACCGUGUGUUUGACGAAACGGCAUCUCAGUAUGAUGUUUACACGGAAACAGCCCGUCCUCUUCUGGACAGCGUUUUAGAUGGCUUUAAUGCUACAGUUUUUGCAUAUGGAGCUACGGGUUGCGGUAAAACACACACCAUCAGUGGAACUCCAGAGCAUCCGGGUGUCAUUUACUUAACACUGAAAGAGCUGUUUGAAAGAAUUGAACAGCUGAAAGACGAACGCAUCUUUAGUUUGCGUCUUUCGUAUUUAGAAAUCUACAACGAAUCCAUUCGCGACCUUCUCGCUACAACCGCACAAGGAAGGAGUAGGAAUCUUUCAUUACGUGAAGACGCCGACAGACGAAUUACCGUGCCAGGACUGACGAGUCUGUCACCUUCAUCGCUUGAAGAAGUGAUGAAAAUUAUUCUGCGCGGAAACGCUAAUAGGACCAUGUCACCUACUGAAGCGAAUGCGACUUCUUCGCGUUCUCAUGCUGUAUUACAAGUUUCUCUUACCCAAAAGCCAAGAACAGCAGAUAUUAACGAAGAUCACACUCUUGCUACGCUCUCCAUAAUCGAUUUGGCUGGUUCAGAGCGGGCAAAUGCCACACGCAAUCGGGGAGAAAGACUGAAAGAAGGUGCCAACAUUAACCGGUCAUUAUUGGCAUUAGGAAAUUGCAUUAAUGCUUUGUGCGACCCACAUCGCCGGGCACAUGUCCCCUACCGAGAUUCUAAAUUGACACGUCUACUGAAAUUCAGUUUAGGUGGCAAUUGUAAAACUGUUAUGAUUGUCUGUGUGUCACCAUCUUCUGUUCAUUAUGAGGAGACUUACAACACACUGAAGUAUGCAAAUCGUGCAAAAAACAUCAAGACUGAAGUUCUUCGUAAUAUGAUUAGUGUUGACCGACACGUGAGCCAGUAUGUGAAGGCAAUUUAUGAGCUUCGUCAACAAAUCCGUGAACUUGAACGACGCUUAGAACAAUCAGAUUUGCCCACCAGAAAUACCCCGAACAGCACUAGUAUUUCAUUUGAUGCAAAGUUGAUUGAAGCACGAGACUUACUACGAGCCGCGUUUGAACAAACACUGCCUCGACAAAAGUCCGUCAUUGAGGAUGUACGGCACGCAAAGCGGAUGGAUGACUGUAUUCACUUGGUUCGUUACUGGUUAACAUCUUGCGAACGAACGUGCGCAGAUACGACAGAUGAGCGUGCGCAAUUGGCACGCGCCAAAUUGGACACCCUGCUUACGGAACGUUCUGUAUUCGUGUCUAAAGUUAACCCGAAAGAAAUUUACGGGACUUUUGAGCAAAGCAUAUCACCUAUCAUACGGACUUUGCGGGACAAUGAUGCUGAUGUCUAUGCCGACGUGUUGCAAGACGAAGUGGAUUUACUCAAGUCAAUUCAUGAAAACCAAAUUUUAGACGCUCAGAACUCUACAACACAUUUUACACAUACCUUAGAAACACUACUGACUGCAUCCUUUCGAUUGCUUCCCUCAUUGCAGAAAGGUGGUUUUGGUGAUGCGCAUAUUUUUCUAAAGAAUUGGCUGAUUAAUCUGGCCGUGAAGAAUGAACCUUUUGAGUAUAAUGGACCAUCACUCUCAUCUCUUUCGGAAAUCUCUGUUCUUAAUCAACAACUCCGCCAGAGCUGUCUUCAGGACAAUGAUCCUCUAGCAGCACUUCCGUUUUUGUCUUCGCCAUCCCAUCCACGACCUCGGCCUCCAGCGAUGUUCGUGGUUAAGUCACCAAAGAAGCCAAUUCUCCUUCCAAAACGAUCUCACAAGAAACGUGUACGUUUUGAAGAUACUAAUAGUCCUACCGAACCUGCUGUUGAUAUGGAGGAAGAAUUUGAAGAUUGGAAAGAGGAAGAUGACGAAGCCUUAAAGUCUGAAGACGAGGAACAUUUGCCUCCCCAGAAACCCGACUUUCUGCAACCCGCCCAGCCUUCAAAUACUCUUUCUUUCCGUGCACCAAGUCAACCAUUCAUUCGCAUAACGUCUCCAGCUGCACCUAUUAAACAAGCAUCUCAAGAUGCACGGACCACGGAUCCACCUUCACACUCGGACAAAUCAUCAGACGACCAACAGAAUGCAUCAUUCAUGUCCCUUGAUCGUAGUAUGACCGAAAUGGAAGUUGAUACUAGCUCUCAUAGUAUCAGAAGCGUUUCGCUAGGCUCGACGCCAUCCCGUAUCCCUACCCCCGAUUUACUCUCGUCGGGGAGACAUGCAGCUCUUGCAGACUCUAAAAGGACUCUGAAUUUUAAUUUUGCUGCCACAUCUGCCUCGUCCCUGGACAAACCAUCUGUUAUGAUACCCCCCUCUUCUAAUCUCUCUGACGCUUCUUCUCUCCCAUCUCUUUCCAGCCGUAUGAGCUUGCCUUUACCGUCGGCACCGAACAAGACCGUUCGGCGACUCAGUUCUCUCACAUCAUUACGUCUCUCUAAUCCUGCACGUGUCAUCCGACGCGACACUGGACUGUUUACGGGACCUACCAACGCUCCGUCUGACGCACCCUCUCAUGAAACGUCUUAGAAUGAACACUUCCAACUGUACUACUUAAUGAAUUUUACUUAUCAGGGAAGUUGCAGAAGCGUCUAGACGUAAGCUACUGCUUCCCUCACACACCCAAGGCUUUACCACCGGGGAAGCACUGCACACUCUUAUUAACAUCCCCAAUACCCACUCAACUAAGUACUGCUCAAUCUUUGUAGACAUACCAAAAACAUUUUUUACCCAAUUUAACUAGUUUAAGAAAACUGUACAACCCUUAAUAGUAAACGGGAUAGUAGAACAAGCACACUAUCAGAAGCCAC